AUGAAAGGAACGACUCCACGGUUAAAUAAACCUCAAGAUCUCAAAAUCCGGCCACUGCCAAUCAGUGAAAAGGCAAAAAAGCUUGACCCCAGAGAAGUAGAAAGCGAAAGUGACGACGAAGAAGCCGAGGGAGAUGAGGUCCCCAAGUUAGUUGGUCUUGGCGAGGCACCACAAGAGGAAAGGGGACCGCCGAUCCUCACGCCAAUUCUGAGCGACAUUCCCGUGCACGGACAAACACCUUGGAUAAUGCGACGCUUUUUAAACGGCGCCUAUAUUCGCAUAUCAUCACAGUUGUGGCCAGGUGCGCAUUGUGUCGCGUGGCAAGGUGGAUUCGACAAUAUCUACGUGGGCUGGGGCCUGAAGGCGGUCGGGUCAGGGUUUCAGCCACUGCUACCACGCGUGCAAACUGCGGUGUGUGAGGACAUUAAGGAAAUUGAUGAUCCAAGUCCACUGGAGGAAGAGAAAAACAAGCAAGAAGAAGAAGACGAUGAGGGGGAAGACGACGACACCGAAGAAGGACAGCCGGAAUGA